AUGGGGACUGCGGCCUUGGAUUCAGUCAAGGACAUAACUUCGGGAGCCGCAGGAGGUGUAGCGCAGGUUUUGAUAGGAGCCGCCGGCCUGACCAACAGCAUCAUCUCCGGACCUAUCGAACACGUCCGAAUCAGGCUCCAAACACAACCCAGCGGCGCAGCCCGUCUAUACUCUGGCCCCUGGGACUGCGUGCGCAAGAUCACGCAGCAUUCCGGCAUCAAGGGCCUGUACCGCGGGCAGGUCGUCACUCUGUUCAGAGAGUUCCACGGGUACGGAAUCUGGUUCGCCGCGUAUGAGGGGUUUCUCGGUAUGGCGAUGGCGUGGGAAGGCGUCAAGGAUAGAAGAGACCUGGCCAGCUGGAAGAUUGCCGUCUGUGGAGGUCUUGCGGGCGAGGCGCUGUGGCUUGGGAGUCAUCCGCUUGAUGUGAUCAAGAGUAAGAUGCAAAGCGACGGGUUUGGGGUAGACCAAAAGUACUUGACCAUGAGAGACGCUUUCCGUCAGACUUGGAGAGAAGGUCGGUUUCGGGGAUUGUUUCGAGGACUUGUUCCGGCGUUGUUGAGGGCGAUGCCCGUUUCUGCUGGGACUUUUGCGACGUAA